AUGAGGGUUCACCAUCUGCAUGUGCCCUCCUACCUGGAGAAAGCGGCCUCGGCGUCUUCUCCGUCGCCGGCUACGGCACCGUCCACCUCUCCUCCCUCGGCCCUGUUCCCUUACGGGGCCUUCCAGUGCCUCCGCCCGCUCGCGCCCAAGAUCUCGCUCCCGGACCAGCCGAGGAAGCUGGUCGCGCCGCCCGACGUCCUCGGCCGCGUCAGGAACGCCACCAAGCUGCUCAGUUGCACCGUCAGAAACCACACCGCCAUGGGAAGUGACCAUGUGAAAAUAUACUCGCAGGUGCAAGUGCCGGUGGGAGGGACGACGCGGUGGAACCCGUCGGCGGAGCAGAUCAAGGUGCUGGAGGCGCUGUACCGCGGCGGGAUGCGCACCCCGAACUCGGCCCAGAUCGAGCGCAUCACGGAGGAGCUCGGCAGGCACGGCCGGAUCGAGGGCAAGAACGUCUUCUACUGGUUCCAGAACCACAAGGCCCGGGAGCGGCAGAAGCAGAAGCGCGCCGCCCUCCUCACCCUCAGCACCCUCGACUCUUCCUCCCCGCCUGCAACGGCGACGACCAAGGAUGGAGCAGGUGAUGAUGAGAAGGAAGCUUGCGACGAUGAGACGAUGAGGUGCAAGCGGCGGUGCAGGACGUGGGGCGAUGGGCAUGGCGACGCGGUGGCGGAGGUGGCCGCCGACGGCUGCACGGAUAACGUUACCCUGGAGCUCUUCCCGUUGCGUCCGCAGGGGAAAGCUGCGUAG